UUUAGCUCAUCUUCAUCAUGUUUUUGAAUCAGUCAAAAAUGGUCAAGAUCUACAAUCUGCAUUUAAAACUUCACUUUUCCAAGUGUUCUACACAACUUUAUUUGGAAUGUAUUCCGGAUUUCUUAUGUUGAGAACUGGCAAUAUUGCAUCAAGUAUUGUUACACACUCCUUGUGUAACUUCUUCGGUUUACCAGACUUAAUAGGUGCCAUAGAAAGAGCCAAUUAUCGUUGGGGUUUCUCUGGUCAAAUUUUAGCUAUUGGCUCUCAUCUUUUGGGGCUGUUUUUAUGGGCAUUAUUGUUAUAUCGAAUAACUGAUACAAAAUGGUCUUCAUCAAACAACUGUCAUUGUGAUUGGUAUUGAAUAAUUUUAUGUCUAAAUGAAUUAUUAUUUUUGCUGUUAACAAAACUGUUAAAUUGUAACUCUUCGUUUCAGUCAAACUAGGAAAUCUUAUCUCACAUAUAAAUAUUAAAUAUUCCUUUAAUCCCGGUAAAAAUGGCGAAUCUCAGUUUACCGAACUUACAAAAAUUGUACGAAUCAAAACAGUUUACACGAAUUUUAAAGUAUUAUCUCAUUCGAAAUUAGGUGUGAAUUCUGUGUUGCUUAGUGCUUGAUUGACAUUUCUUUGUUUACUUGUGGUUUUAAAUUGUAAAUAUGUACCUUUUCCGUUCAGAUAUAUCGUAAUUAUGAAAUUCGUUUUACUUCCUUUUCUGAUAUACAACUUAUUACUUACUAAAGCAUACACA